AUGGCUGCUGCACUCACCCUCGCACGCGUCUACCAACAUUCAUUCGAUACGCAUCCCAAUGUCACCCUGGCAGUGACUGGAGGAUGUCUCAACGCCCUAGGAGACUGUGUAGCCCAGGUUUCUGAACGCACAAUGGGCACACGCAAGGAAACUGAUCAAUAUAGGGCCUACGACAUUGCUCGCACAUUCCGGUUCUUCUGCUACGGCUUCGCUAUCAGCCCCUUCCUUGGUCGAUGGAACGCUUUCCUCGAGACUCGAUUCCCAUUACAGCUCUCCAAUUUCACGCGAGGGCCAACCUACAGUCGCAACCUUCGCACACUGCGAACUCGUGGGGGAUGGACAGAGGAGACCAUAGUCACUACGACAAGAAACAUUCCUAAAGAGCCCAUAAGCUGGGUAGCUCUCACCAAGCGUGUCGCGGCUGACCAGCUGUUCAUGGCUCCCCUCGGGCUUGUUCUGUUCAUUGGCUCCAUGGGUAUCAUGGAAGGUCGCACGCCCCGCCAAAUCGGUGAAAAAUACAAGGACAUCUACGCCGACGCUAUCGUGGCCAACUGGAAAGUCUGGCCCCUCGCCCAGCUCAUCAACUUCAGAUUCAUGCCCCUCCCAUAUCGCGUUCCAUUCUCGCAGACAUGUGGUGUGUUCUGGACGUUAUACCUCAGCUUGCUCAACUCGAGGGAGGACGCUAAGCAAGAUCGUAGAGUUCACAGACAGAGACUCCAGGAGGACUGGAGGAAGGAUAGUGAAGGUCGGAUUCAUGAGAACGAGGCGCAAAGCGCAAAGAUUUUGUAG